UCCCGCUCCCUCCUCCUCUCAGUGCCUCUUUCUCCGCCCCGCUCCCCCCCAAACACACUCGCACACGGGCUCUCAAGGUGUUCUCCGCACAGCGGAAGAUGGCGACAGACUGAGGGGGCAUGGCCAGCGGGAGCCACGGGGCCGUGCGGCUCGGCGGCCGCCACAGCGGUGCUAACGGGAGACGGAAGCGAGAGGCGCACUAAGUGAAGCCCCGUGUCGCCGUCCGGCGCCUGUGGCGCUGCCGGGAGCCAGGUGGCCCGCCCGAGCCGGAACUCCGGGAGCAGCAGGCUCGGAGCCGGAGCGGAGCCGGCCCGGGACCGGCCCGGGCGAAAGGCCAGAGCACGAGCGAAGCCCGAAGGGCCGGGCAGUGGGCCGGCCAGCGGGCCUAGGAAGGCGCGAGGGAAGCAGGGAGCGGCGCGGAGCAGGCAGCAGGCGGGCGGGCUGACUGGCGGGCGGGAGCGGCGCGGCGCGGCGCGGCGCGGGGCGAGCGAGCGGAGCGCGGCGGCCGGGCCCGCACGGCGGCGCUGAGGGGCGCAGAGCUGCGCCGAGCCGAGACGGCCAGAACAGAGUGCGAGCCGGGCGGCCACCGGCGCGGAGUGGAGUGGCGCGGAGCGGAGGGCAGCUGAGGGGCCCGACACUAUGAGGAGUGCGGCGCUGCCGCCGCAGCCGCCACCGCCCCAGUGUCCCGCACCGCCCCCCGCCGGGACGCCGGGCAGUGCCUAGCGGGCCGGGCGGCGGCGCCCUGGCUGCGAGAGAGGGAGCGCGGGAGGAGCGCGGGAGGAGCGCGGGGACGGCAGGAGAGCACCCCGCGACUCUGGCCUGAGCGGUGCCCCGGGGCCGGCCGGCCGGCCUGCCUCACCAUGCAGCCACCGAGGUAGAGCCUGGACGGCGCUGAGGAGCGCGGAGCGGCGCGCAGCCCGCUCGCCCGCUGCUGACGGCCGUCCGGCCUCGCGACUGCCUGAUCUCUCCAGGCCGGACACCCCCCCCCGAAAUAUGUUCAGGGGCGCUUGGAUGUGGCCCGGGAAAGACGCCGCCGCGCUGACUAUCUGCUGCUGCUGCUGCUGCUGGGCUCCCAGGCCGAGCGACAAACCUUGCGCUGACUCUGAGCGGGCGCAGCGAUGGCGACUGUCCCUGGCGUCCCUGCUCUUCUUCACCGUGCUGCUCGCUGACCAUCUGUGGCUGUGCGCGGGGGCCCGGCCCCGGGCCAGGGAGCUGAGCAGCGCCAUGCGGCCGCCCUGGGGGACCGGCCGGGAGCGGCAGCCGAUGCCUCCUCGCGCGGUGCUGCCCCUUCCGCCGCCACCGCCGCCCGGCGAGCCCAGCGCGUCCCCGGGCACCUGCGGCCCCCAAUACAGCAACCUGACCAAAGCCACCCCCGCUGCCGGUCCCAGGCCGGACUGCGGUGGCGUCCCAGAGCCCACGGGGCUGGACGCAGCUUGCACCAAAUUGCAAUCUUUGCAGAGACUUUUUGAACCGACUACCCCGGCCCCCCCACUGCGGCCCCCUGACUCCCCUUCCCGUGCCCCGGCCGAGUUCCCCUCCGCCAAAAAAAACUUGCUCAAAGGCCACUUUCGGAACUUCACUCUCUCCUUUUGCGACACCUACACGGUCUGGGACUUGCUGCUGGGCAUGGACCGCCCCGACAGCCUGGACUGCAGCCUGGACACCUUGCUGGGGGACCUGCUGGCCGUGGUGGCCAGCCCGGGCUCCGGGGCCUGGGAGGUGUGUAACAACUGUAUCGAGGCGUACCAGCGGCUCGACCGACAUGCUCAGGAAAAAUAUGACGAGUUCGACCUCGUGCUGCAUAAAUACUUACAGGCAGAAGAGUACUCAAUCCGGUCCUGCACGAAAGGCUGUAAGGCUGUCUACAAGGCCUGGCUGUGCUCCGAAUACUUCAGCGUGACCCAGCAGGAAUGCCAGCGCUGGGUGCCCUGUAAGCAGUACUGUCUGGAAGUGCAGACCCGGUGCCCCUUUAUACUCCCUGACAACGAGGAAAUGGUGUACGGAGGGCUUCCUGGCUUUAUCUGUACAGGGUUGCUGGAUACUUCGCCAAAGCGGCCGGAAACCAAGUGCUGUGACGUGCAGUGGGUCUCCUGUGAGUCGGAGAAGAAGAAGUUCAAGGAGACUGAGGCCCCCAAAACCCACCACCAGCAAUUCCACCACUCCUAUUUCCACCACUACCACCAACAGUACCACCAUUUCCACCCCCGCCAUGACCCCCCCGGCCACAUCAGCCACAAGCCCUCCCUGCUGCCGGUCUCCGGGGGCUCCCGUCUCAGCCCCAGCAGGAUCCGGCUCUAUGUCCUUGUUCUCAUGCUCCUCCAUACCAUGGUGUCCUUCUCCAGCAGCCAGGGCGGUGGAGGACUGGGGCUGGAGGCACUGCCGGCCCUAGAUGAGGGCCUGACUCGGGAAGAGUGACAGCAGGAAGGGAGGACAGACCUCCACCGCACACUGACAUCAGCUCCAUCCCCCCAGGGGGAGGGGGAGGGGCUCCUCCCAUGGGAGGUAUAAGACCAGAUGGGGGGCGGGGGGGAAAUGGGGGCCACACAUCACCCCCAACAUACCUCCACCCCAAAAGCAGCUCCAGCAGUAGGGCCAGAGGGCCCCAGGGAGCUGCAAAACUCAUCCGGGAGAACAAGGCAGGAGCAGCAGCUGCCCCCCCCCUCAGGUCCCGGUCUAUGGGGCUUAGCAAAAAAAGUGGGGGAGUGGGGGCUGGACAUAUCCACUCCUGCUGAGAGCCCUGACCCUAGGGAAGGAGGCUGCUCAACCAGCCUUGGCCCUGCAGGGAAUGUUGGGGGGCACAGAGGGGAGAAGCUCUUUCCACCCUCCACAUUCCUUUUGUUGCCACGAUCCUUAAUUCCCUCCUGCCCAUACCCCUAUAGGCAAUGGCAGACGGUGCAGUGGCCCUUCUCCUACUCCAGCGCACCUUGCCCCAUGUGGGGCCACCACAGGCAAGUGCCAGGCUGGGAGGUGAGGUGCAUACAGUCAUGGCUAGGUCGGGGCCCCGGUUAAGCUGUGCCCUGCCACCCUAGGCAAUGAGGAGUAGGAAUGGGGUACAGAAUGAGUGGUGAGAGAGAGUGGAGAUAGAGAAGAGGAAGAAGAGAAGAGGGAAGAGGAGGGGAGAGGAGGGGAGGAGAGUAGGCGA